CGUCACGUGUCUCCUUUCAUCCAAUGGGAAGGCCGAUUACCCGACAAACUACAAAUCCCGGCAUCCUCCAUCCGGCUGACGUGCCAUAGAGCCACUGACGCGGAAGUGUAGACGGGGGAGCAGACGUUGCAGAAAUGUUGAAAGCCGUUAUCCUAAUCGGGGGCCCACAGAAAGGUACCAGGUUCCGGCCUUUAUCUUUCGAGGUUCCCAAGCCCCUGUUCCCGGUUGCUGGUGUCCCAAUGUUACAGCAUCACAUCGAGGCCUGCAGCAAGGUGCCCAACCUGAAGGAGAUCUUACUGAUAGGCUUUUAUCAGCCCAAUGAGGCCCUCAGCCGCUUCCUGGUCACAGCACAGCAAGAGUUUAAAGUGGCGAUCAGGUAUCUGCAGGAAUUCUCCGCCCUGGGCACUGGCGGAGGCAUCUAUCACUUCCGGGACCAGAUCCUCUCCGGGGGGCCGCAGGCGUUCUUUGUGAUGAAUGCAGAUGUUUGCUGCCAAUUCCCUCUCCUCCAGAUGUUGGAGUUUCAGAAGCAACAUGAAGAGACGCAUAAAUACAUCAUGCUGGGAAACACGGCGAAUAGGACACAAUCUCUUAACUACGGCUGCAUCGUGGCGAAGGCCGAUACCCAGGAGGUCCUGCAUUACGUGGAGAAGCCCAGCACGUUUGUCAGCGACAUCAUCAACUGCGGGAUCUAUCUCUUCUCACCAUCGAUAUUCCAGCACAUUGCAGAGGUUUUCAGGCGGAACCAGCAGGAUUUGCAGCUUGAGGAGAACUCGAGCUGGCAGCGGACAGAGGUGAUCCGAUUGGAGCAGGAUAUUUUCACAGCGCUCGCCGGACGAGGACAGCUCUACGUCUAUAAGACAGACGGCUUCUGGAGUCAGAUCAAGUCUGCGGGAUCUGCUAUAUACGCCAGCCGCCUGUAUCUGAACCAGUAUCACAUAACGCAUCCGGAGAGACUGGCGCACAACAAGGAGGGCGCACCCAUCAUACUGGGAGACGUGUAUAUUCAUCCCACAGCCAAUGUAGAUCCAACUGCUGUGUUGGGCCCCAACGUCUCUAUCGGUAUGGGAGUGACCAUUGGCGCCGGCGUCCGGGUGCGAGAGUCGAUUAUCUUACAUGGUGCCGUGCUGCAGGAUCACAGCUGCGUCUUAAACACCAUUGUCGGCUGGGACAGCAGUAUUGGGCGAUGGGCCCGGGUGGAGGGAACGCCCAGUGACCCCAAUCCUAAUGACCCUUAUGCCAAGAUAGACAGCGAAACCUUAUUCCGGGAAGGGAAGCUCACACCUUCCAUCACAAUCCUAGGCUGUAACGUCUCCAUCCCGGCGGAGGUCGUGAUCCUAAACUCCAUCGUCCUCCCACACAAGGAGUUGAGUCGCAGCUUUAAGAACCAGAUAAUUCUGUAGUUUGGGGACAUUGACGAGAGCUGCGCUCGGGGCAUGGACGCCUCUCUGUACGGCGGCUCCUCCAGCCUGUGAAGGAUCUGUCUUCGCCUCCUCUGCGGCUACAAAUUGGACAUGGAGCGGCCAGAGAUCGGGGAGGUCGCUCUCCUUUAGGCAGAGACAUAACUGACCACUAGAGGCAGCGCUCUGUAGACAACCCCCCUGGAGGUGUUCUUAGAUCUAUUGUCAUUUAAAUCACAUAGACAGAAGGUCUGCAGGACGCGGCCUCCUCACCCGGACUCUGUUCUUGGGAGUUUAUUAAAACUUACAUUUGGAGAAGUCAUUUGUGCACUUUUUGUGAAAACCUUCCCAUCAUCCUCUGUACUGGAGAAUUCUUGCCUGUAGAUAUACAAUAUACGCCGAUCCGAAGGAAGAAAACUGCAGAAGUACAUGGAAUCUGGGGCGACAGCAGGAUUUUUUAUUUAUUU